AACGCGUUUGUGCUAGCAAGGGAAACAUCAUACAUUUUGUUCUAGACAAAAUGGUACACCCGAGUAUCAAGGAUUGUGAAAGGGAUUUGCGAUGUACUGAGAGACAUGGAGCUUAUCAGAUAACUGGACCUGAGCAAAAAAGACCUUCAAACUGGUUGAAUGCAUUGAGAAAUGAUCACUUCAAAGCAGCAUUGGUGGAGUUCUUAGCCUUCUUUUGGGAAAACAACAUGCAUUCAACAGUACUUGGAAACAAAACAGUCAUAAUGAAUCGCAAUGAUACCUGCUACAUGUUUAGAGUUGAAGGAGAGAUCGUGGUCAAAACCGAGAUCGUUAAAUUGUUUUCAACUCAUGAAGAAGCUGAUUCCAGAAUUUUGUACCACCUAUCUUCGAUUCAAACACCAGCAAACGUUGUGAUAAGAACCAUAGAUACUGACGUGCUGAUAAUUGCUCUUGGCUGCCUUAGUAAGUUACCUAACAGCUUGAAUAUUUGGAUGGAAACCGGUGUUUACACUAAAAAUACAUUAAGGUACAUAAGUAUUAAUCAAAUAUACCAGAAAUUGGGCAAAAAUAUUUGCAUGGCCUUGCCAGCAUACCAUGCUUUCACUGGAUGUGACUAUACAGCAUCGUUUAGUAGGAAAGGAAAAAUUCGACCUUUCAAACUACUAGAAAAAAAUGAAAGUGUGCAAGAUGUAUUUAAACAGCUAGGAACAAAUCUUGAUGUCACAGAUGACGCUUUUGCAACGUUGGAAAAAUUUGUAUGCAGCAUGUAUGGAAAAAGGAAUCUAUCAUCUGUAGAUGAAGCUAGGUUGGUAAUGUUUUUGGAAAAGUAUAAACCAAAAGGAGAAAAUGAAGCAAUUUCCUGUGUUAAAAAGUUUGAUGGAAGUUCUCUACCACCUUGUUUACGAGUGUUGCGUCAAAAGAUUUAUCGAACAAAGUAUGUUGCACAGUUAUGGAUGUCAUCAAUAACGUCCGAGCCUCCAAAUCACCUUCCUGAAGACAUGGGUUGGCUGCUGAAAGAUGGCAGCUAUAUCAUUAAGUGGUACGAAGGCGAAAUGUCUCCAAAAGCAGUAGAUGUCACCAGCAAUGAAAAUUAUUAUGGAUUCUCCAGAGAAGUAGAAGAUUUUGAAGGGUUUGAUGAACUGUCAAGUGAUGACGAUUCAGACAGUGAUGACGAAACUAGUGACGAAGACGUGUAAUGAUAAUUUAAGAUGCUGAUGCAGAACAAUAUCAAUCAUGCUGCUAUAACCUAUUGUACAUAUUUAUAUUUUAUUAAAUGCUAUCAGAGCAUUU